UCGUUGGGUGGGUUCGUUUCAGUACGUCGGACGUCUCCGUAAGUUUUUAUUAUUUCUGAGUACAGUUUAUCGUUCUGUUCUGCGAAAUAAUAGUAUUUCGAUCGUGAUAUUAAUAACUUUUCGUUCGAUUGAUCGAUAUAAUCAUUCAAGAUGAGCCACGGCUUGCCAAAGUUGAGCAAUGUUAGUAAGGAGUCUCAGUUCGGAUAUGUCUAUGCGGUCUCCGGUCCCGUCGUCACAGCCGAAAAAAUGUCCGGAUCCGCUAUGUACGAGCUUGUGCGAGUCGGAUAUUACGAACUAGUCGGAGAAAUUAUUCGUUUGGAAGGUGACAUGGCGACUAUUCAGGUUUACGAAGAAACGAGUGGCGUGACGGUCGGCGAUCCAGUUUUGCGUACAGGCAAGCCCUUGUCAGUGGAAUUGGGUCCAGGAAUAUUGGGCAGUAUUUUUGACGGUAUUCAGCGUCCGUUGAAAGACAUCAACGAAUUGACGAGCUCGAUUUACAUCCCGAAGGGGGUCAAUGUGCCUGCGCUAUCUCGAACGAUCAGCUGGGAAUUCAAUCCUCUGAAUAUUAAAAAUGGAAGUCACAUUACCGGGGGCGAUCUCUACGGUAUAGUGCACGAGAACACCUUGGUCAAACACAAAAUGAUGCUGCCCUCGAAGAGCAAAGGAACCGUGACUUACGUCGCUCCUGCUGGAAACUACACGGUCGACGACGUCGUUCUCGAGACCGAAUUCGAUGGAGAGAAGAGCAAGUACACCAUGUUGCAGGUGUGGCCGGUACGUCAGCCGAGACCAGUGACAGAAAAACUGCCAGCGAAUCACCCCCUGCUGACUGGUCAACGUGUAUUGGACUCGUUAUUCCCGUGCGUCCAGGGUGGCACCACGGCGAUUCCCGGAGCUUUCGGUUGCGGUAAAACCGUGAUUUCUCAAGCUCUGUCCAAAUACUCGAACUCCGAGGUCAUUAUUUACGUCGGUUGCGGAGAACGUGGUAACGAAAUGUCUGAAGUACUUCGUGAUUUCCCUGAGCUCUCCGUCGAGAUCGACGGCGUUACGGAAUCGAUCAUGAAACGUACUGCUCUCGUCGCCAACACUUCGAACAUGCCUGUCGCCGCUCGUGAAGCCUCCAUUUAUACCGGAAUCACUUUGUCCGAAUAUUUCCGUGACAUGGGUUACAACGUCGCGAUGAUGGCCGAUUCGACCUCUCGUUGGGCGGAAGCUCUUCGUGAGAUUUCAGGACGUUUGGCAGAGAUGCCCGCGGAUUCCGGGUACCCGGCGUACCUCGGAGCGAGAUUGGCCAGUUUUUACGAGCGCGCUGGUCGCGUCAAGUGUCUUGGAAAUCCGGACCGCGAGGGCUCCGUCAGCAUCGUCGGGGCUGUCUCACCUCCCGGUGGUGACUUCUCCGAUCCCGUUACGAGCGCGACCCUCGGUAUCGUCCAAGUAUUCUGGGGGCUGGACAAAAAGCUCGCCCAACGAAAACACUUUCCUUCCAUCAACUGGCUCAUCUCCUACAGCAAAUAUUUACGCGCCCUCGACGAUUUCUACGACAAAAACUUCCAGGAAUUCGUACCUCUUCGUACCAAAGUCAAAGAAAUCCUCCAGGAGGAGGAAGAUCUUUCGGAAAUCGUACAAUUGGUCGGCAAAGCCUCCCUCGCUGAAUCCGACAAAAUAACUCUCGAAGUCGCCAAGUUGCUCAAGGACGAUUUCUUGCAACAAAACAGUUAUUCGCCUUACGAUCGGUUCUGUCCGUUCUACAAAACCGUCGGGAUGUUGCGUAACAUGAUCGCGUUUUACGACAUGGCGAGGCAUGCGGUCGAAUCGACAGCUCAAUCGGACAACAAAAUAACCUGGAACGUAAUUCGCGACAGCAUGGGCAACAUUAUUUAUCAAUUGAGCUCGAUGAAAUUCAAGGAUCCUGUGAAGGACGGCGAGGCCAAAAUCCGAGCGGACUUUGAUCAGUUGUUGGACGACAUUCAGCUGGCGUUCAGGAGCCUCGAGGACUAAGAGGCUCCUCAAAUUCGUGCCUCGAUCAAGAAGCGAUUAAAUCGUGAAUGUUCGAAGUUCCCAAAAGUCUAAUUGUGGGAUUGUUCCAUUAAUAUUUCAACAUAAUUGAGAGAGGGGAGAAAAGAGACGAGAGAGGCGGAGAAAUUGGUGGAUUUGCGAGAAACGUUGAAAAAAGCAGCUCUUCGUCUUUCGCAUUUUUCUUACAAACAUAAAUUCAAAAUAAUCUGCCCAAGGGGACGUUGACCGUCGGAGAUUUUGAUGUCCUGGAAAGAUUCUCCAGCUUGAAAAACAAAAACACAAGAAUCCCGAAGAAAAAUAUGAAAAAUUGUAAAUAACUGAAGGCGUUGCACGCAGUUUAUUAUUAUUUUUUGUUUAAAAAAAAACACGAAGAGCUGCGAGUGCGAAAGCCUCGCUGGGAUCGAGACAAUAAAAAUAGGGACGAGUGUCCGAGUAUUUCGUCUCCGAAGCAAAAAAAUCCAUUUCCCAAUCACCGUAAACGUCGUUUUGGCACAACAAAUUUUUCAAAGUCAAAUUCUAUAUCGUUGAGCAGGGGGAAAGAGAAGAAAAAGUGAAGGUCGAAGGGCGCUAAAAAACUUUGACGUUUUAAUCCACGCCCAAAUUCUCUUGAAUUCCAAUAAAAUUGCAAUUUAGCAAGAAAAUAAUAAAUUGCAAAAAUGUCCUGAAGAAUUUAAAAAUACGAAAACGAAUUUCUUAAACUUCGCUGUCGAUUCCAAGUGCUGAAAAAACCAUCGAGAAAAUAAGAAAGUACUUUAUUUUCAAAUCUGCCGAAAUGAAUCCCCAUGAACGACAGCAUUCUUACGAGCAAAAUUGAUUCUAAAUUCAUUUUUAAAUAUGGAAAUCAUGAAGUAUUAGCUAUUGUAUCAUAAUAUAUGUUAAAGUGAUAGAGAGUUAAAUAUAGGCCGUUAAAUAGAUACUAAAAUACUAUGUUUGUGUAAGAAUCGAGAUAAAAAUGGCGUUGAAAGGCUAAACUUUAAUCCAAGAAUUUAAAGCUAAAUUCGAGGAAGUGCUUAGGCUUGUUAAAUGAGGUGCUGGGUGGUCAUAUGCUCGGGCUCGAGCAUAUCGAAGGAAGCUUCGCGAGGUCCAGCUCGUUUCCAGCAGCUCCAGUAUCAUUUCCAUUGUACGAUAUGUAAAAAACAUUAAAAACGAAAUAAAUAAAUAUAUGCACAAAAAGGGAAUAAGGAA